AUGAGUUCUAGAGCAUUGAGAAGACUCAAAAAAGGAUCUUUAGAGGAUGAACUAGAAAGGUAUCAGAAGAAAAUAGACUCCAAUUCCGAAGAAAGCGAAGAUGAUGCGGUUAUGUCAAGACCCUCCAAUGCAUUCGCUUUUUUACCUACUGAUGAUCACGAAGAUGAUGCCAGUUCCCAGGAGGAAGACAAAGAAACAAAGUCUGAUGAAAAGAAGGAUGGCUGCACUAGAGGUGUUCGACCAAUACUGCAUGAAAGGGUGGAUGAAAAAUUUAAGAAAAAAUCACAGUCAAAAAAACAGCAAAAGAAAAAAAACAAAAGUAAAAGCAAUAAUGUAAUGAGUUCUAUUGAUGAUAUUGACGACUAUGAACUUGAUAGACUAUUAGAGAAGGUCAAGCUUGAUGAUGCCAAUAGAAGACAAGGUUUUGCUGAUGUUGAUGGUCUCCAUUCACAUCUCUCAUCUGAAGAAUCUGAAGGUGAUGAUAGUGUUGACGAUUCAACUGAGGAAAAGUUACCACCAUGGCCAAUUUACACCCCAGGUGGCAAGUUAUUGACAUCUAAGAAAUUAAAAAGAUGUAGUAAUUUGUUAGAGUUUGAUGUCAGAGACUUGAAUCCUGACAGAGAAUACGAAAAUUUGUUUGGAAAGUUGUCUACCGCUGCUAUUGACGAUGCUGAUUCGACAGCCUCGAGUUCAGUCAGCCCCGAAGUGCUCGGGCAAAUACGUAAAUUAGCCAAGCGUGUUAGAGGAUGGUCAGGAAGGGAUCACCGUUCCAUUCCCGGGACGACAAGGAAGUUGAAAUUAACUAAAAUUAAAGAUGAUUGGUUACCUAUUCCAAGGAAGCCAUUAUCUAUGGAGGAAAUGUCAAAAGACGAUCUCUUAAACUUAUAUACUACCAAAUUCAAAAACGAUUGGAAAGAUGUAUUAAUUGAGGAUAUCAAUAAGGAUUACAAAUAUGGUAUUAGGUAUUACAAUAUAAAUCAAGGACCUACAUUUUCAGUUGCCUCAGUAACUGAAUUUUUUAUGUCGGUUGUUGUUCAACCUGAUCAUGAAUCAUUAAUUAGGCUUUUACAAAAGAGCCCAUACAGUAUUGAAACUAUUCUACAAGUUGCAUUAAUUUUACAGAGACAAGGAGACAACUCAAACACCAACGGGUUAAUUGAACGUGCCCUAUUUUUGUUUGACUGGAGUUUACCUAAUAAUCUAGAGCUAGGUGAUGGAAACACAAGGUUACCGUUUGAGUUUUUCUUGAACAGGCAAAUAUAUCUCACUAUAUUUAGAUAUAUUACCGUGCUAACCCAAAAGUCGAUUCUGUUUACCGCAUUUACUUACUGUAAACUUUUAUUAUCUUUUGAUCCAAGAGAGGAUCCAUAUGGUGUGAGGUAUUUUAUUGAUUUCUAUGCAUUUGUGUCCGACGAAUUCCAAUAUUUGAUUGACUUUGCCAACUCUCCAUUAUGCCAAGUCUACGAGGAAUGGUUAACUGCACCUAUCCUUUAUACUGUUUCACUCUGCUACUAUAAGUUGGGGAAAACUGAAGAAGCUAGAGAGGCUUUAAAAAAUGCAUAUAUCAAACAUCCGUAUGUCGGACAUCAUAUACUUGAAAAAUUGGGUGACUAUGAUCACCCAUGGCUAUUAGCUGAUGUUAACAAUACGGUGAAGAUUACCACUGCUCUGUAUUUAGUUAGAUUGGAUGCUUUAGUGGAAGAUAGCUCUCUAAAAAGCUGGUUGGUAAAACUGUUGCGUCAUUGUAUCGAAACGAUUGGUAAGCCUAAUUUGAAUGCAUACCAUGCAAAUAAUCUAGAGCAGAUACCGGUGAACUUGUUAAGACAUGCUGUGUUGUCGAAUGAAUCCUCCGUAAUGGCUAAGAUUCCGGAGUCUUUCUGGUCUGAAAAUGAUGUAUAUGAAUUUGAUGUUCUUCCACCAAAGGUCGGAACAACGAUUUACAACUAUGUCGAUGAAAAUCAGAUUUCAGCCGGUGUCAUGAGUAGUAGCAUGCAAGCAGAAGAGAUCAGACAGUUUGAGAACCUUCUUCAACAGCAGAUCCGAGAAAAUAAUUAA